UCCAAAGAAUAUUUACGAAGUAUACAUAAAAAAAUGGUUUUUAAAAGUCCAGGACACAUAGGAAAAAAAUAUCUAAAUAAUUUAAAUAGAAUUAGGAAAAAUACUAUAAAAAGAAGAUGUUUAUUUGUAAAUACCGCCAAAAAAAAUAAGAAAAAAAGCUCGUCGGCUCCAGAUAAAGAUUAUGGUUUAGCUGAGCCCCUGAUUGACAUUAUAUUACCGGAGGAACUAGAAAUUAAAAAAAAUUGUUUUUUAAAUAAAUUAAAAACUGUUAACCUGCACCAGCUAAAUUUGGACACUCGAGAUCAAAGUGAAAAUCAAAAGUGGUUUCAAGAACGAAAAAAACGUUUGACAGCUUCCAAAUUUGGCGACAUUUGUAAAAUGAGACAAAAUACUAGCUGUAAACGACAAGUCCAUGCAAUUAUAUAUAAACCACAAAUAAAAACGAAAGAAUUAACUCAUGGAAUUGAAAUGGAAUCGUAUGGUAGAAAAAAAUUUGAGGAUGUAUGUCGAUUAAGUGUUGAGACUUGUGGACUAAUUGUAGACAGCGAGAUUCCAUUUUUGGCUGCUAGUCCAGAUGGUAUGGUCGGGAAUGAUGCUAUUCUUGAAAUCAAGUGUUCAUAUAUUGCAAAGGAUACUAACGAUGUAAUCGAAGCAGUAAAUAAUAAAUUGUUACAAUAUUGCACACUAUUGCAUACAAAUAAUGGUCAACAGAUUGUGCAAUUAAAAAGAGACCAUAGUUAUUGUUAUCAGGUGAUGGGGCAGUUACACAUUACAAGGAGACAACUAUGCUAUUUUGUUAUGUAUGCAACUAAAUGGAUACAUAUAGAAAAAAUAAUUUAUGAUGCCGAGUUUUGGGAAACAAAAAUGGUUGGAAAACUUACUGCAUUUUAUAUAGAUUGUUUAUUGCCAGAAAUAGUAGAACCUUUAUAUGGUAAGCGACUAUUAGUGUCAGAUAUUCGAGAACCCUCAAGAAUCAUUGAAGCUCAACAACUAAAAAAUAAAAAUAAAUCAAUAAAAAAUCUAAAAAAAAAAAAAACCUAAAUUGAAUGUAUUAACUUUGAUGUAUGUAAAUAAUUUUUGUAUUCUAAAUUGCUAUACCUAUCUUUUUUAAAUUUAAUAUUUUUAAACUGUUUCAGCUUUUAAAAACUGAAAAAUAAAUAAUAAUGUAUAAUAUGA